CAUUCUAGCCGCGCCGACGAGUGUUGCGUGUUGCGGACUUCGCAGAGUGACAAGUUGUGAUCAACGAUCUACGUUUCAGGGCGGCAUUCAACAUGGCAAUUAAUCCGCUGCUGAUCGCAGCCCUUGGCCUCUUCAUCACCGUUUGUCCUCGUCCGUCGAGCGCGGCGGUCAUCGGACGGGUGGAGGACGCGGAGGGCAACAAGACGGCGUGGGAACUAACGGAAGCUCUGUACGGCACCUCGGGGCUGCGGAGUUUCAAUGGCACCUGGAUAACAGAUGAGGAGUUUUACUACACUGCCACCGACCGAUCCAUUCACAAAUUCAAUGCGGCCACCAAGACAGAUGUGAUCUUCCAAAACUCCUCAUUUCUGAACAACUAUGUGGGCGCCACCUUCUCACUGUCGCCGGACAACACGAAGAUCCUUAUCCGGCACAACCUUACGGAAAAGUUCCGCCACUCGUAUAUUGCGCAGUACGACGUCUUCGACAUCGAGACCAACACGACCGUCCAAAUCCACAAGGGCGAGAAGCUGCAGUACUGCGGAUGGUCACCACUGCGGGAUCGCUUGGCCUACGUCUACCUGAACAAUGUCUUCAUCCACUUAAACGAAAGCUUGGAGAUCAGCAUCACGAACGACGGCGUGGACGGUGUGGUCUACAACGGAGUGCCCGACUGGGUCUACGAAGAGGAGGUUCUGAGCAGCGGCAGCGCGAUCUGGUGGUCAUCGGAUGGCAGCAGGCUGGCCGUUGGCUUCUUUAACGACACAGAGGUGGAGACUUUCACCUACUUCCUUUACGGCGAUGGCGCCACCUUCUAUCAGUAUCCGCACGAGGAGCAGCUUAAGUAUCCCAAGUCGGGCUCCAAGAACCCGGUGGUGAGCCUGCGCGUCUACGAAGUGUCCGACAAUGACAUGCACAGCAUCGAGGCACCCGUGGACAUCGUCGGAGACGAUCACAUCCUGCAGAGCGUCGUCUGGUCGAACUCGACUCACCUGCUAAUCACCUGGAUGAAUCGCCGCCAGAAUCUCAGCUCCAUUCAGAGCUGCAGCUACCUGGGUGACUGUGUGGAGGUCAAACGGCUGGAGGAGCCCCACGGAUGGGUGGACAUUACCACGCCCAAGUGCUUCUCCACUGGUAAGAACUGCAUCUUCGGCUACUUCAUAGACAACUGGCACCAGGUGUGGAACCUGGACCUGGAGACGGGACUCAACAGUUGGCAGUCGCGCGGCAACUUUACGGUUUUGAACGUAUAUGGCUAUGACGAAGCCAGGGACAAACUCUACUACCAGGCCACUUUGCCCGGAGAUCCCUCAGUGUACCAUGUGUUCAGCAACGAUGAGUGCCUUAGCUGCGGCCAAAUUGAUGCGGAUGGUGUGGCCUGUCGCUCCGCUUCGGGCACAUUCAGCAAGUCCUUCUCCUACUACACGCUCUCCUGCACCGGUCCCAAUCCGAGCUACACCAGGAUCUUCGAGGCCUCCACGAAGACACUCCAGGUGGACUGGGAGCCGAAUACAGCCUACCGCAAGCAAAUAGAGCAAAAACUGCGCCCCAGCUAUCAAUUCAUGAACGUCACCCUGGCCGAUGGAAGUAUUGGUUACGCCAAGCUUGCCCUUCCGCCCAACUUCGUGGCGACGAAGAAGUACCCACUGAUCGUGGUUGUGUACCAGGGACCCAACUCGGUGCGAGUGACCAACGGGUUCACCCUGGGCUACGAGGCGUUUGUCACGACCUCGCGGGAAACGAUUUAUGCGUAUAUUGAUGGCCGAGGUACGGGUAACAAGGGCAAGGACCUGCUCUUCUCGGUCAACAACGAUCUGGGUGAUCACGAGGUCGAGGAUCAACUGUUCGUCACUCGCUGGAUGCAACAAAAUCUGGCCUUCGUGGAUGCCGAGCGUUGCGGCAUUUGGGGAUGGAGCUAUGGUGGCUAUAUGACGGCCAAGACCAUUGAGAAGGAUGACGAUCGGAUCUUUCAGUGCGGAGUUUCGGUGGCUCCCGUUACCUCGUGGCUGUACUAUGAUACGAUUUAUACGGAACGCUAUAUGGGACUUCCCACUGACGAUGACAAUUUUAAGAAAUACAACGAGAGCAGCGUGUUCGGCAACUUGGAGAACUUCAAGAGCCACGACUUCCUGUUGAUUCAUGGUUCCGGCGACGACAAUGUCCACUACCAGCACUCCCUGCUCUUGGCCAAAUUGCUGCAGAGACAGGAUAUUCAGUUCGAGGAACAGACCUACACCGAUGAGAACCAUCGCAUCGGCAAUGCUCUGCCCCAUUUGUACCAUACCGUUGAUGCCUUCUGGACCAACUGCCUCAACUUGGAUGUCUACGAAGACACUGUGUAGUGAAAGCGACUGUCGUCAGUCUAGUCAAAUAUAAGUAUUUGAAAAUUGUCCUUGUCCAAGUUUCCUUAGAAAUAUUAAAUGCUUAAAGUACCAAAUUUCAGUUGAAGAAAUUAAAGAAAUAUUAAUUUCUUCUUCUGAAAGUUGUUUAUGUAAUAUUAAAAUUGUUCUUUCUUAACAAAAAUUGAGCCAAAAAUAAAAAUUGUACCUAUAUGUAUAUAAA